UAGCCUGAUGACUGCAGUUUCAUUUUCAGCUUCCUCCACGUGCGAUUUCGCUUUCUAAAAUACUCUAAUCCCAACGGGAUCACCACACAAACCCUUAGUAUUGACUUUUUUUUCCCCGGACACCUUGUUCAUUCUCUGUUGUAAGGUCAACUAAUUUUCUAUGGAAACGUAUACAUUUUAUAUGCAUAUAUACUCUAAAUAGGACAUUAACACUUGUAGGAUGUUUGCCAAAGGUUUAAGUUGUAUCUUUGUGAAAUGCAUAUUGUAUUUUUUUGUAUUGAUAAGUGUAUGAGUGGGUCUCCCAUGCCCCAGGGCUCUUGGACUUGAUUGGGAGACCAUAGACAUGAGCUUCUGUGCCUCAUGGCAUCCCAUCCUUGCUGGUUUAUUUGCUGCAAAAGGAAGAGAGAAUCUGUUACGGCUGUGUCUGCCCUGUGCGCUCGCGUUCCUGUGGGGGUUUGGACGUUUUUUUCCCCAUUUUGUUUGAAUGGCAUUUGUGAAUUUACCUUUUGUUUGAGUAUGCCACCAUCUACCUUUCUCAUGUGCACUCUUGCUCAUUCUCGCUCUCUCUCUUCCUUUUCUCACGCGCACCGACACAUGAAACCUCCAGCUGUUUAACCAAAGUUUUCUAUUUCACUUUUAAUAAAGGGAUUCAUUUUGAGGAAAGAGGAAAGGUGUUCUAUGGUGAAAACACCUCAAUUUUCUAUUUUCUUUUUUUUUUUUUACUCAAAGGUAUUUUAUUUUUAUAAACCAUUUUAUGACAUUGUAAUAAACAUUUUAAAUGAACCUUUAAACAUUUUUAAUGUCUGUGUUGUGAGUUUUCAUUAAAAGCGGUCACAUUAAUCUUGCUUCUCUGGUUCUCAAAUGGAUGGACACAACAGGCGUUAGCAAAAGUUGCAGUAUCAAAUCUUAGACUCCUAGCUUCCAAUCCUUUAAUUUGAAUAGGAAAUUAGACCACUUUCAGAUUCAAAUGUAUGCAUAUUUGUGUUUGUAGAACACCACCAUGCAUUUGUUAUGGACGACUGAGAAUAAAACGGAAAAGCACUGGUCCACAAGCGACCGCGUGUGUGUGCGCGUCCCUGUAUAUACAGUGUUGUGUCGGUGUCUGAGUGUGUGGAGGGGCAGGGAUUUGGCAUGGUGUGUGUGUCCCCCUGUAUAUACAGUGUUGUGUAGGUGUCGGAGUGUGUGGAGGGGCAGGGAUUUGGCAUGGUGUGUGUGUCCCCCUGUAUAUACACAGUUUUGUGUAGGUGUCUGAGUGUAUGUGGAGGGGCAGGGAUUUGGCAUGGUGUGUGUGUCCCUGUAUAUACACAGUUUUGUGUAGGUGUCUGAGUGUGUGUGGAGGGGCAGGGAUUUGGCAUGGUGUGGAUGAGUGGGUGUUGUUCCAGCCCCUAUGCGCUCGAGUUACCUGCGAGUUGUGCUGUGUCUGGGCGUGUCAGGCGGUUCCGCGCGCUGAUGCACAUGCUCUCGUUAACACACACCAGCAGGAACCUGCUGACACACACGCAGCCCGGGCAGCGGAGCGAAUGAACCCGAGCCUCCUCUGAAGGAGAGACCCAAAGACCCCUGCACUCGGCCAAUCAGCCGGAGCUCUAAGAAACUCGUUUCUAAAUCAUUUUUGGGUUAUAUUUUCAUGACAUUAUUAUUUUUUUCUUUGCGUGACUGUCCAUUCUGCUGUGGAAGUGGGAGAGCUGAAGGCUGCAGAGGGCUCUUGCUCUCUGCUUCCUGCUGGGAGUGAGUUUUGGGGGCUGCGGAACAGCAGAGUGCGUGCUACUUCACACUGUACCUGCAUUUAGGACAGGAAGUGAGUGACGAGACGCCGGGCUCGGGGGAGGGGAACAGUGAGCUGUCCAAAGGAAGUUUCGGGCACCCAGAGGUGGCAAACCCCAUCUAGAAACCCCUGUGGGACCUGUGGGCUGCUGGGAUAAAUCUUACUUCCCUGACUGAGGAUUCUGAACUCAGCACCUGGAACUACUGAGGAGUCGCUCCUGGCCCAAACCCCAGCGUUCUGUCUACGGGGGUGGGGGGGCGUGGGGGAAGAGGCGUAGCCAUGACGUCCAGCUUCUCUCCGGAGCAGGUGGCGUGCGUGUGCGAGGUACUCCUGCAGGGCGGCAGCGUGGAGCGGCUGGCCUCCUUCCUGAGCUCCUUGCCCUCCUGGCCGGGGCUGCAGGGCCAGGAGAGCGUGCUGAAGGCCCGGGCGGCGGUGGCCUUCCACCAGGGCCGCUUCCCCGAGCUCUACGCUCUCCUGCGCGGGUUCCCCUUCUCCCCGCGCAGCCACCCUCUCCUGCAGCAGCUCUGGCUCCGCGCGCACUACCUGGAGGCCGAGCAGCAGCGCGGGCGCCCCCUGGGGGCCGUGGGGAAGUACCGCGUCCGUCGCAAGUUCCCCCUGCCCCGCACCAUCUGGGAUGGAGAGGAGACCAGCUACUGCUUUAAGGAGAAGUCGCGCAGCGUGCUGAGGGAGUGGUACUGCCACAAGCCGUACCCGUCGCCGCGGGAGAAGAGGGACCUGGCUGCGGCCACGGGCCUCACCGCCACGCAGGUCAGCAACUGGUUCAAGAACCGGCGCCAGAGGGACCGGGCCGCCCAGGGUCCGGACAGGGAGGGGGAAGAGUCCAGCGUACCCCGGUUUUUGUGCUCAGAUGGGACUCUGCACAGCACAGCGUUCCCCAGCUCGGAUGAUGACCUUUCACCUCCAGGGAGCCCCAGCACCCCUUACCCCUGCCCAUACCCCCAUCCUCACCCUAACAAUUCCCAUUGUGCCCCCACCAUCCUGCAGGGCGGGUACCAGUUCUGAGGCCCUGUGGACACCCACUGAGACCAGCUUAACUAGAACCUGAUUGGUUAUAAGGGCUUUGUUGGGUUUUGAUUGGAUUAGGUCCUCGGCGAGACGGUUUUUUUUUGGCAAUAUUUUUUAUACUGUAACUAUCACCGUCAGCAUAAAUACAUGUAUGGGCUUUUAGAAGCGCAAGAGAACAGGAUGCUCUGGCCACUAAUCCCUGAGGGCAGCUGAAGCUCCUGUUUUACGGUCACUGAUUUCAUGUGCUGGCUGCAGGUGGGAAGCUCUCUACCUGGAGAUUUAACCACUACAUUUCUGUUACUGUUAAGCACUGUGCGGCACAGACGCGUCUUUCUUUAUUCUGUGCCAUAGAAUGUUUUUCUGAAAUGUUUCCAUUUCUGUCUGGUCCCCAAUUAAAAACGUCAGACUGCA